GCUAAACCCCGUGAGCUAUAAAGAAGUUAUAGGGGGGCGUUUUCGGUUUCCAAUUAGGAAUAAUAUUGGCUUCGUAGCAACUACCGAGGAGGAGGAUUCUCAAACCACCUCACCCGUCCCAAAGCCCACAUCCCCCUCCUUCUCCCACGCACCCCUCCCCCAAUUCGUGACCAGGAAAAGAAAAGGGAGCCGGGGCGCGCUCUGCUCCUCUCUGCCGGUGGGAAGCGGGGAGGCCGGCGGAGUCGCUUAGUUGGACGGUAGGCAUGAGUACAGUUAAGAGCUGGGCGCCUCCGCACCCUUGGCCGCCAGCGGGGACUGAAGUGGCCUGAAAGAGGUGUCUGGCAUUCCUGAUCUUCCCAAAGGGGCCGGAGCCGCCUCAACUGCUGCGGGACUGAAGCGCCAACGUCGGGGAUUAUUAUGUCGACUUUCCGAGGACCGGGUUUCGCAGCGCGGAACAGAAGAAAAGGCUGGCUCCUCGGGGAUUUCGCCGGCUUUUGAUACCCAGAGACUCCUAGGAUUGUCCAGAUUGCCGUGGAUCAGCAACUUUCCUAUACUUGCAUCCCGCAUUUUUAAAGAAAGUAUCUUCGGUUCGCUGCAUUGGUCUUUUACUACCCUCGGUACACUGAAGCAAAGACUCCAGUCUCUUCAAAGUAUGCUUUAUGUUUUUGCUAAAUAUGAUCCCUAAUUGAAAGUUUAUUUUUGGUUUUGGAUGAAUCUGUGGAGCUUAUGUGGUAAGAAGAAAGGGGGAACGAGACACAAUGAAAGAGAAGUCCAAAAAUGCUGCCCGGACUAGGAGGGAGAAGGAAAACAGCGAAUUUUAUGAACUGGCUAAAUUACUGCCUCUGCCUUCGGCUAUCACCUCGCAGCUGGACAAAGCAUCCAUAAUCAGACUCACGACCAGCUAUCUCAAAAUGAGAGUAGUGUUCCCGGAAGGGCUCGGCGAGGCGUGGGGUCACUCGAGUCGGACCAGCCCCCUGGACAACGUUGGCCGCGAACUGGGCUCCCAUCUGCUCCAGACCUUGGAUGGCUUCAUCUUUGUGGUGGCACCAGAUGGGAAGAUCAUGUACAUCUCGGAGACAGCCUCCGUCCACCUGGGUCUUUCUCAGGUAGAGCUGACGGGGAACAGCAUUUACGAAUACAUCCACCCGGCCGAUCACGACGAGAUGACGGCCGUGCUCACGGCGCAUCAGCCCUAUCACUCUCACUUCGUCCAGGAGUACGAGAUCGAGCGCUCCUUCUUCCUGAGGAUGAAGUGCGUCUUGGCCAAGAGGAAUGCGGGCCUCACCUGCGGCGGCUACAAGGUCAUUCACUGCAGCGGCUACCUGAAGAUCCGCCAGUACAGUUUGGACAUGUCCCCUUUCGACGGCUGCUACCAGAACGUGGGCCUGGUGGCCGUGGGCCACUCGCUGCCCCCCAGCGCCGUCACGGAGAUCAAGCUGCAUAGCAACAUGUUCAUGUUCCGCGCCAGCCUGGACAUGAAGCUCAUCUUCCUGGACUCCAGAGUGGCUGAGCUGACGGGGUACGAACCUCAGGACCUGAUUGAGAAGACUCUGUACCACCACGUGCACGGCUGCGACACCUUCCACCUGCGCUGCGCUCACCACCUGCUGCUGGUGAAGGGGCAGGUGACCACCAAGUACUACAGGUUCCUGGCGAAGCACGGCGGCUGGGUAUGGGUGCAGAGCUACGCGACCAUCGUGCACAACAGCCGCUCGUCCAGGCCACACUGUAUCGUCAGCGUCAACUACGUUCUCACGGACACGGAAUACAAAGGGCUGCAACUCUCUCUGGAUCAGAUCUCAGCCUCCAAACCAGCCUUCUCCUAUGCCAGCAGCUCCACUCCUACUAUGACUGACAGCAGGAAGGGGGCCAAGCCUAGGCUCUCCAGCUCAAAGUCAAAAUCCAGGACUUCCCCAUACCCUCAGUAUUCGGGAUUUCACACGGAAAGAUCGGAAUCUGAUCACGACAGCCAGUGGGGCGGAAGCCCCCUGACGGACGCCGCCUCCCCGCAGCUCCUGGACCCCGCGGACAGGCCGGGCUCCCAGCACGACGCCGCGUGCGCCUACAGGCAGUUCUCCGAGCGCAGCUCUCUCUGCUACGGCUUCGCGCUCGACCAUUCCAGGCUGGUGGAGGAGAGGCAUUUCCACACGCAGGCCUGCGAGGGGGGCCGCUGUGAGGCCGGCAGGUACUUCCUGGGAACGCCGCAGGCCGGGAGGGAGCCCUGGUGGGGCUCUCGCGCAGCCUUGCCCCUGACCAAGGCCUCCCCAGAAAGCAGAGAAGCCUACGAAAACAGCAUGCCUCACAUCGCUUCGCUCCACAGGCUCCACGGGCGAGGUCAUUGGGAUGAAGAUAGUGUGGUCAGUUCUCCAGACCCGGGGUCUGCCAGCGAAUCAGGUGACCGAUACCGCACUGAGCAGUAUCAAAGUAGCCCGCAUGAACCUAGCAAAAUUGAAACUCUGAUCAGAGCCACCCAGCAAAUGAUUAAAGAAGAAGAGAACAGAUUGCAGCUAAGGAAAGCCCACCCAGACCAAUUGGCUUCCAUUAAUGGAGCUGGGAAAAAACACUCCCUCUGUUUUGCAAACUACCAACAGCCCCCACCGACAGGCGAAGUCUGCCACGGCUCUGCUCUUGCCAACACUUCACCAUGUGACCACAUCCAGCAGAGAGAGGGAAAGAUGCUGAGCCCCCACGAAAAUGACUAUGACAACAGUCCCACCGCACUGUCUCGGAUAAGUAGUCCCAAUUCGGAUCGCAUUUCAAAAUCCAGUUUGAUCCUAGCUAAAGACUAUCUACAUUCGGAUAUGUCUCCUCAUCAGACAGCAGGAGACCAUCCUGCCGUCUCUCCAAACUGCUUUGGCUCUCACCGGCAGUAUUUUGAUAAGCAUGCUUACACAUUAACUGGAUAUGCCCUGGAGCACUUAUAUGACAGUGAAACCAUUAGAAACUAUUCCUUGGGCUGUAAUGGCUCACACUUUGAUGUAACUUCCCAUCUAAGGAUGCAGCCAGACCCAGCACAAGGACACAAGGGAACAUCUGUUAUAAUAACCAAUGGAAGCUGAUGUUUUUCUAAAGUAUUUUGUUCUUUAAGGAUCUCUGAAACAUAUUUAUAAUUUAAUGCCCCAUUACCAGCAUUUACUAUGCCACAGGUUGUUAGGAUAAUUUAAGUUACUGGGUAUUUGACAUGUGUUCCUGUGAAAUCAAAGAAAACAGCACUAGCAUUUAGGGUUAUACACAGAUAAUGGAGCUAGAGUGAGUACACAAAUUGCCCCUCUAAUUAUACGGGAACCAGAAUGGAUAAAUUUUGAGUUGAAAAAUACUCGUGUAGAUUGAGUGAGCAUAUAUACCACUUGAAAGGACUGAUGGGUGACAGCAUCGCAUUGUGAUGACCCAGUGAACCUCAUACACACAGACUGCUAUCUACAAACUGCUGUGUACACUUCACGUGCAGAAAUAUAGACUAUAUACCAUAAAUACACCCCAGAUGCAUAACUUUUCUUAACCCUAGCACAUUAAGUUUCUUAAAGAAAUUUCCAUUUCCAAAAUAACUAAGAAAGAGAGAGAGACGUUUUGUAAACUGGUUUCUUCUUUGUGGUUUUAAUCAGCCAGCUCAUUUGGUUCAGGCAUAAAUUAGGGAGAUAGUUCUGGGUAUGGUACAAGAAUGAGUUUUCACCUGGUAUCCAUUAGAAGCAAUCAGGAAGGGGUGAUUUUUCACCUUACUUUGGAGUUAGACAAGGAACAGGAUCACACUGACGGAGCAGUAAGGGUUUUUCUAAGUAAAAGCACCGAGACGUUGGGACACAUCAAAAACCUGGUUUGCUCAAUUGGAAAUAGUUUAGUGGGGAUAGAAAGGCCAGAGGCAGAGGGAAAUGAAAUGAUAUCUCAAAACCAACAAUUUAAGGCUCAGAAUAUGUCAUCAGCAUAUUUGGGGCCUAUAAAACCAACCAGAUAAAAAAUUCAAGCCAAUUUAUAGAGAAAAAAGACUAAGUAUAAAAAAUAACUAUGGAAAAGCAGCGAACUGUGCUACAUGACAGCAGCGUGUUUGAAAACAUUUCAAAGCACAGAUGUGCAAAUAUGACAACAUGUGGAAAGCCUCAGGAGAGAGUCUGAGAUAAAAGCUUGGGUUGAUAGACAAGUGAUUUAAAGGACAGAGUAGUCUUCUGACUGGAGGAACAGGCAAAGCGUUCAUUUUUCUUAUUGUUUGUAAGCGACAAAAACUUCGUUUGAAGUUCAUGUGAUACAGUAGAAAGACCAGCAGACUAGAUGCCAAGCUCUCUGGGUUCCAGUUGUGGCCCCGCCUGUAACUUAUUUAGGUGUAUCACUCACCACGCCUGGGCCCCAGCGUCUUUGUCUGUAUGGCAGUUCUCACGUCCCCUGGUUCUGUGGUCCAUUGGUGCAGCAGAACUGAACUUGUUAACCAGUUAACUCUCUGCUGUGAGUUUUCAAGACUGAUCAUUCUGGCAUUUCUGCACUCAUGCAGAAGUCUUGCUUUGGAACUUAAGCAAGUGCAUGAGCAUGAGCUCUUUUAGACAUGGAUAGUUACAGUCAACUUUCUACUUCAGAGAAAAUGUAGAUGGUACAAACUGAUGAAGGAGAGGAAAAAUAAGUAAGAAUUAUUUAAUGCACUAUUCUGUAGUAAUCAAAGCAAAGUGACAUAAGUGAUUAGAGAAGGUUCAUAGAUAAUAUUUCCUAGGAGUCUCACGCCUGAAACUCUUGCCAUAUUCAAGGAGGGAAGUGUAUUGGAAGAACUUAACUUAUAAUUUUGAAGACAGAACAUGACAUUGAACACUCAGGGAUUAGUACUAUAUUUUCCUCAUUUAACACAGUUAUUUGGCAGCCCAUAGGUAGGUGACAAUCUGAAUGAUGAUAAUCUAAGAGAUGAAUACUGGGUUGUUUGUACAUGAGAAAAGAGGCUACAUAAAAUUAAAUGUUUCUUGGGCAUGCAGCAACGUUUGUGCUGUAAAUAGAAAAACUUCAGGUAAGUGAGAAAGUUAGUAGUUAUCAUAUAUACUUUCAAAAAAGUUCGAAGAACAAUAAAAACUAAACUUUGAACUAUACAAGCAAAAGAAUUAAAAAAUUUUGAGAAAAAUAUUUAUGAGAAACCCCUGAAAUAUUUAAAAUGGAUUUUCGAUCAAUUUGCAUCAUGACGUAAGGUUUUAGGAAUGCUAAAGUUUUUGCAGAAUUCUGUAGAUGGAUAAAUAGUUCAAAGACACAGAUAUCUGAAGAAUAUGCUGUAUUUUGGAAAGGAAAUCUAUACAGAUGGAUU